GGAGGAGACAGAGAGGAGGACACACAGAGAGAGAGGAGGACACCGGAGACGCUUCCUCCAUCAGCAGUGGUUCAGCACCAGCGUGAGGAGCUCGUCAGCCUGUGAGGAGGACUCGUCUCACGGUCUCUAGCUGCUACAUGGCCAGCUAGCACGAUAAAGCUAACUGUUAGCUUCUGGAGCAGGAGGAUGGACAGAGCUGGAGCCGAUACACCUGUCAGGAGAAGCAGCGACUAACCAGACUAAACCAGCCCUGUUUACGUGUUUGAGUCAACGGUUGUUGGUGUAACUGCAAUCUCCACCAUGGUGCAGAAGUACCAGUCACCUGUGCGGGUGUACAAGUAUCCCUUUGAGCUGGUGAUGGCGGCCUAUGAGCGCCGGUUCCCGACCUGUCACCUUAUCCCCAUGUUUGUGGCGAGUGACGUGGUGGAAGAAGAGACCAAUGAGGACGGUUCCACCACCAGGGUUGAGCGGCGCUGUGCCCUGGAUGUUGACGCCCCACGCCUGCUCAAACGGAUUGCGGGUGUGGACUAUGUCUACUUCUGCCAGAAAAACACACUGAACCGAAAGGAGAGGACACUUCACAUCGAGUCCCACAAUGAGACCUUCUCCAACAGGGUCAUCAUCCAUGAGACCUGCUGCUAUUCGGUUCACCCUGAGAAUGAGGACUGGACAUGCUUUGAGCAGACCGCCAGCCUGGACAUCAAAUCCUUCUUUGGCUUUGAGAGCACUGUGGAAAAGAUUGCCAUGAAGCAGUAUGCCAGCAGUAUCAAAAAGGGAAAAGAAAUCAUAGAGUUCUACCUGAAGGAGCUAGAAGAUGAAGGGAUCACCAAUGUGCCGCAAUGGACUCCCUCAGACCUUCCUGUGUCUAUCCCCAGACCAACCAGUCUCUUCAUCAGCCCAACUGUCCUCCCCAAACUGGCGGUCACGCCCCCUGUUUCUAUCCCGCUGCCCGCCGACGCCAAGGACGUCACCUCCCAGGACAUCAAGCAGGACAGCAGCGCACCUCAGGCGGACAGCCUAACAGAGAUUCUUCCUGGCACACCUGAAGAUAAGUUGGAUGCAGACUAUAUCAAACGUUACCUAGGCGACCUGACCCCCCUGCAGGAGAGCUGUCUGAUCAGACUUCGAAUAUGGCUGCAGGAGACGCACAAGGGAAAGAUUCCUAAGGACGAGCACAUACUGCGUUUCUUGCGUGCGAGGGACUUCAACAUGGAAAAGGCACGGGAGAUCCUUUGCCAGUCGCUGACCUGGAGGAAGCAGCACAAGGUGGACUACCUGCUGGAGACCUGGAGCUCACCUCAGGUCCUCCAGGACUACUACACCGGGGGCUGGCACCACCAUGACAAAGAUGGUCGUCCUUUGUAUGUCCUGCGGUUGGGCCAGAUGGACACCAAAGGACUGGUCCGCGCUCUCGGAGAAGAGUCUCUGCUCAGACAUGUGCUGUCUAUUAAUGAGGAGGGUCUGAGACGCUGUGAGGAGAACACCAAGGUGUUUGGUCGACCUAUCAGCUGUUGGACGUGUCUGGUGGAUCUGGAGGGGCUGAACAUGCGUCACCUGUGGCGCCCAGGGGUCAAGGCUCUGCUGAGGAUCAUCGAGGUUGUGGAGGCCAACUACCCAGAGACUCUGGGACGGCUGCUGAUCUUGAGAGCGCCCAGAGUUUUCCCUGUCCUCUGGACACUGGUGAGUCCAUUUAUUGAUGAAAACACCCGCAAGAAGUUCCUCAUAUAUGCAGGCAAUGACUACCAGGGUCCUGGAGGGCUGUUGGACUACAUAGACAAGGAGAUUAUCCCCGACUUUCUGGCAGGGGAGUGUAUGUGCGAGGUACCAGAGGGCGGCCUUGUUCCGAAGUCGAUGUACCGCACAGCUGAGGAGCUCGAGAGCGAAGAUGUCCGCCUGUGGACUGAGACUAUCUACCAAAGCGCCAGCGUCUUUAAGGGAGCUCCACACGAGCUUCUGAUAGAGAUCAUUGAUGCCUCCUCCGUCAUCACCUGGGACUUUGACAUGUGCAAAGGCGACGUGGUUUUCAACAUCUACCACUCAAAGCGGGCCCCCCAGCCUCCACGUAAAGACCCCCUGGCAGCCCAUGGCAUCACCUCUCCGAUAGGCAACAAUGUCCAGCUUAUCGACAAGUCGUGGACGAUGGGGCAAGACUACAGUAUGGUGGAGUCCUCGCUCACUUGCAAGGAGGGAGAGAGUGUGCAGGGCUCACAUAUUACGCGUUGGCCAGGUUUCUACAUCCUCCAGUGGAAGUUCCACAACAUGCCGGCCUGCUCGGCCACCAACCUGCCCCGAGUGGACGACGUGUUGGCCACCCUGCAGGUCUCCUCGCACAAGUGCAAAGUCAUGUACUACACUGAGGUGUUGGGCUCUGAGGACUUCAGGGGUUCGAUGACCAGCCUGGAGUCGAGCCACAGCGGCUUCUCUCAGCUCAGUGCCGCCACCACCUCCUCCAGCCAAUCGCAGUCCAGCUCGAUGAUCUCCAGGUAGAAACUGGAAGCUGAGGACUUCAAUGCCCACCAUCCCCCCCCCACACUCCACUGCCCUUACUAUCAACAGUGAAGCCAACUCUCCUCCUGCCCUUCCUCGUCAUCUUUGGACUCUGUUCCAUAUUGCACAGCAAGUCUCUUUUGAACUGAAGCAUGCUUGCACAAACAGAAGACAAAGAAUUUAAAAAAUCUGAGGCAAAAAGAAAAAACUAAACAGACUGUGUACAAUUUAAAGGGCUGAUUUUUUUGCACAAAGGUGAUAUAUUUUUUUGUGGCUGGCACCUCAGCUGGUCUGCAGUUUGAAUCAGAACAUCAGCAGAAUGUUUGUGUGUGUGUGGAAAGGUUAAAGGUCGGAAGAUGAAUUGAGGUGCCUCUGGCACGAGAAGCUCAAAGAAGCAAUAUUCUCAUCCUUGGAGCUACGGGAUCAGAUGAAAACACUGGAGGCGCUGUUACAUAUAUAUGCAUUUACAUCUACACCCACAUAUGCAGUGCUGAGACGACGCAAACCUCAUUCAUGUGCGCUCUCUGAUAAACUGGAUGUGCUGUUACAUACAAAUCCACACACAGACACACACACACAUGGAUGUUUGAUGACAUGCAAAAAAAUUUACAGUGUUUGCCAUAUUACCAGAGGGGUUUCUUGAUUCUGGUAAAUUGUUUAUAGGUCAAGUGUGGGUGGGCGGAGUAAGCUCUGAUCAGGACCUGUGUCAAAGAUCACCUGCAAUGUUUUUUAAGCCAUAGAGCUACGGAGUGGGUGGAGCUUACUGAAUCACAACAAUGCAGAUGGUGUCCGCAAAGUUGCCAGUUGACGGGAAAAUAACACUCAGAUAUUUUCCUGUGGCCAGACGGGCUUUCUGUCAAACCCCACCCUUCCGUCUCACGAGGGCUUUAUCGCACCUUGAAAAGCGUUUGAAUAUUUGACCUGGGUCCGACUCUUAGCUAUACGUCAAUCCGCUAGAAGCAAUAACAUGAGUUUGACUUUCUACUGUGUGAAAUAUUUCUAUUUAUCAUUAACUUGUAUGUGGACGAUCAUGGGUGCUGAUUGCAGAUGAGCUUUUUUUGGUUUUUGUAAAUUGUGGCCAGGCGGACAGACGAGCAAACUGAGCCAGUAAACAACAAAGUUCUUUGGCGCCAAACAUUCACUUCUGGUCUCCGAUACCAUUCUGUCAGGAGAGAAGCAAAAAUAACUCGCCAGCUUUUCUCCUGGAUACUUUUUUAUUUUCCUUGAAAUGACCACGGAUGGUUUGAUUUCUGCACGAUUGAGGAACUUGGGUCAAAAACAAGUGGUAAAGGAGAUGCCUUGUUACUGAUUUGUGAAUGUGCUACUGAUUGGCUAGCGCUCGUCAACCAAUGAAAAUGCCUGAAUUUGGAGGGUUGUGAUGUAACUCGGCAGAACCGCCAUCAUUCUCUACUUGUGUUUCAGAGUGAUGUAGAUUUCCGUGUGCAUUACGGAUGAAUGUUACCAAGUGACAUACUUUGAUGGUGCGCGAGUAGACAACAUAUUGAUACUGUACGUGUACUAGUUGGUUUGAGUUUGUUGCUGUAUUUUGGAGAUGAGUUGUUGAUGGAGUGAAGCAGUGUGGUGUGUUACUGCAUGCUCAUGUGGUGAUUGGGUUUAAAGAUAUAUUAUUUAAAGAUUAAAAUAUAGACAUUUAAAAAGAGUUAUGUGUCAAUAAAUACCAUUUUAGCCUUUGCAAGCAUUGCUUAGAAGCGUACCUGAUUUUUUUAAAGGUCACAACUGGAAUAAAUGAGCGAUUGUGAACUGAAUGAACAUUUCUAAAUGCAAAACAUCCAUGCAGCAGUUUUUAAUACGAUUUUAUUUGGCUGAUUUGCAUUGAUGACUUCACGUAGAUCAGACUCCCUGUAGAGGGCAGAAAUUAUUAACAUUUGCCAAGAGUCAUUCCUGUUCUGUUGCCAUCGUUACCGAGAGCAGCUGACGGCAAAGAAAUUAAUAAAAAAACAGGCAAACGUAGAUAAGACGGAGGCUUUUCUCCUUAUAACUGAAUCAGACUCCUGAAAAUACUGGCUCUGUCUUUUGUUGUUUUUGAUACAUGAAACUGCUCAUUUUUUAACUGUUAAUGAAAGGCCAAGGGGUUAACUUGUGGUAACUGUAUGUCAUUAACUGCAAUAACAUGAAAUGCUUUACUGAGAAAAAGGACCUCCUCAGAUUGUGGCGAUAAUUUAAAGUGUGUAUGAUGGUGUAAAAGAAUGAAUGUGGGGAUUAAAGGUAUGCCUAUAAAAUGUGUGUAAACGCUCCCUCUGCCCCUCACGGCAGGCAAGUUUCUCUACUCGGCCUCUUCUAAGCUUCUGAAGCAUGUAAUAAAAAUCACACAAUUUAACUUUUUUCCUUCAGGAGGCUUGACUUCCAUUUCUUCAACGGUUCGACUGAUGAUGAAACAAGCAACGUCAGUUCAACACUAAACUUAACUUCUUUCAUACUUCCCUUUGUCUCUCUAUGACUCUUUCUCACUUGUACACUUCAGUUUUGCUGUUUUGCUUUCUAACACUUUUCAUUGUGUAUAUCUUAGAAAGCAGAGUGGACCUUUUAUUGAAGCCAUAGGCAUCAAGAGAGCACUCAGAUCAGAUGUGUUUUGUUUCAAUUUACCAGAAUACUUCCAUGUUAUGCUGUCUGACUUUAGCUCUUACAGUAUGUUCACUUCUCAUCAAGAUCUCGUUGACGAUUGAGGGCUAUAACUGUUUGUCUUUACUGUUCAACACUUUUAUUAUCUGUCUCUCUGCUUCCUUCUCUGACAUUGUUGCAUAUCUUCUCUUUACCUUGAUGUGAGGAAUUAUGUGUAAAGUACAUGUUUGGAUUAAUGAGAAUAUGGCGCCUUUACAUUUUUUGAAAACAUUA